GUUCCAGUUGAACACAGAAGCUGAUCUCGAAAGCUCCACCAAACCCAACAACCAUGAAGUGCUUCGCCGCAAUCGUCCUUUUCGCUCUCUUCGCCAUUGCUUUCGCCGAAGAGAAACCCGCUGAAGCCGAAAAACUCGAGCCCGUGGCGGCGAUCGCUGCUGCAGAUACGCCUAGAGACAAGAGGGGCGUCCUGUUGAGCUAUACUGCACCAAUCUCGUACACCGCCUAUUCUCCGUACACGUAUGCCCUCCCAUACGCUUACCGCAGCUACCCUUACUACUACAACAACUACUACGUCUAAACGAUUGAUGCUGGAACCGAUACCGAGGAACCACUGCGAUGAAGAUUUAGGAAAUGAUCAUGGCAAUUGCGAGGAAUUCGACCGAUCCGCAUGGACUACUUCACCUUAAUUAAACGAAACUGGAGAACAAUAAUCGCAAACACUACAGUCGAGCAAAAUUUCCUGACCACCGUUAUAAUAAUAUCAAUGUCAUUUCCAAUGCAAAUACUUUUCGAUGUAAC